CAUGUUUUUAUGUAGGAUAGUUUUUACUUACUGAAAUAAUAGGAUUAAAAAACAUAAGGAAAUGAAAAAGAGGACAACCGGAUGUAUGCUAAUCGCAUAUAAUAUCAAAGUAAUGCUAAAUCAGUUUAUAUUUUAGUUGGAGUUGUUUGAACACUGACAUUUAACAAUGGAGAAGACACUGAUUGUACUACUGUUGGUAUUAUUUGCUAUUGCGACAGCUCAAAAAGGCAAAAUCAAGUUAAAUCUACCUAAGCAAAUACACAAACCAUUUUCAUGGAAGUUGAAACCAUUGACGGGAGGCGGAAAGCUAAAUGGCCUAUCGGGAACCGGAAUUUGGAAACCACCAAACACUGGAAAUACAUUUACAGGAACCGGAAGCUGGCAAAGUGGGAAAGGAUUUGGCGGGAGUUUGAAGGGAACAUUUGGGACUGGAGGCGGGUCCUCUGUUAGUUUCGGCGUUGCUGGAGGUGGUGGUAAAGCGUUUAAAGCAAGCAUUGGUUUUAGAAUGAAAUUUAAACGGAAACGGAGAAGUGUGAUAGCUCGUGAACUGUUUGAAAUGUGAUAUUUAUUUUAUUUGUACUUUUAAAGUUAAAAAGUUUUACACAAAUACUCUAUCAAGUCUAAAUGUUAUUUGUAUUAUAUUUACGUCAGUUGAAGUGCAAUAAUGAUUUUUGUAAUAUAAUAUUUCUUUGUGUAUUUGAAGCCAAAUAAUAACGACGCAACAACAAAAUGCACAUGUUAACAUGACCUUAAUUCUCUUCUUCAUUGGCUCGGAAGAAAACUAAAUCCACUGAUCAUUAAAUCUGUUUUUUUUUCUCAGAUAUUUUUACAAACAUUUUGCGUAGGAAUAACAAUAAAAAAUAACCUUCAAUAUCUUAUUCGUACGUAAAACAACAUAAUGGAUCUUUGGUUCUCUCACAAGAAUGAGUACAAGUACAUAGAAAAUCACCACAAGUAUUAUAAAUUCUGAUCAUCAAUGCUUAAUAUACAUUUAAGUCAUAAAUUUACAGAAUCCAUUUUAUUCAUGGUCAGGCAAAACGAAGAGCCUGGAAAACGAGCAGGGUCUGGCGGUCGAAGGUUUCUGUUUGUCUUUGUUUGGAUGGAACACUCUACCAUUUUAAAUUUUCAAUACCUAUGUUUAAGUAAUACUAAUUCAUUCUUACGUGUACAUUGGUUUUUAUUUGCUGUCUAAUUUCACAAUUCAAAUGUUAAACAAUUAUUGUAUGGCGAGGCGAAUAUUGAAGUUUAUGGACUUGACUAAGGUGAUAUUCAACAGGGCCGAUGGGUCCAUAGCCUUAAAUAUCACCGAUAAGUGCAUACCUUAUAUGCACAUUUUAUUUAAAGACUACACUUUAAAAAGAGCAGUGCAGUUAAUAUCUCAGAAAGAUUAUUCGUAAGAAGAAAAACACAGACAGUCAAUACACAAGUUUAUCGAAAAGUUAUGAGGCUGCUGAUUGGAUUACGCGUUUAUAGCA